UUAGCGGUGGUGCAGCCAGGGCAGACAGUCAGGGUGUUGGUCAAGCUGAUCCGGCGAUGAAGAGCAGGCAGAUGGCGGUACCAGUGGCCUCGUUCCCAGCAGUUUCCAUCCCAGUUCCGGGAUCGGUCCCAGUAGAGGUCACUCUCAUUGCCCAGCUCGCGCCAGGCUCCGGAUCGCAUGUCUUUGAUGCCGUCGCCCGUCGCCAAGCCGAGCACGCCGAGUACGUGGCCGAGCUCGAUGAGCCCUCGGCGAAGCUGGGCAACGUCGAUCUGGACGUUGGCGAUCGGAGCUCGCUCUACACUUUUACCGUCGACGGUGGCCAUCCGUUUCACAGACACGCUGGCCAUCGGGUGGUGGUCGGCAUCGCCGGCGCAAGCGGCUCGACCCUUGCCUUUUCCACCGCCACUGACGUCGACGAGCUUCGCGCCAAUCCCACGGCGUUUGUGGACAACUUUGAAGUCGUCCGCCUUCCUCCAGAUGCGCUCUUUACGCUGCGAUUCGACGGAUCGGUGUGGCAUCGGUUCUCGCCGGACUUUGUCCGCUUGCCAGGCCAGAGCCACGAGCUCAUCAACGUGCUUUCUGCCCGGCAAGGGCCGCAUCCGGCGUUCACUGCCAUCUCGACUCACACCGACGAGACCGGCGGAGACCUUGCGCCUGAGCUGGCGCAGGCCGUCUGCAGGGGAGAGGCCAACAUCGCCAUGCUCACCGAGCUGCUGCCUGACGAGGUUGUUGACUACCUUGCCGCCCAUCCGAUCAGGUCGCCCAAGACGACUGCGCUCUCGCUUGAACCGUAUGGCCAGCUCCAGAGCGAGGCCUGCUACGCUUUUCGCUCGACCGCUGGACGCAUGUGGCGCGCGUUGCCCAAGUGGGAGCCGAAGCAUUGGGUACUCACCACCGUCCGGGCCGAUCGCUCCGGCGCCCACCUCCCUGUCACGUACUCACCCGAUCCAGCGCCGCACUCGAUGCUCCGGACUGUUGUCGCCGAGUUUGACCACCAAGACGAGUUUGCUGUCGAGUUUGAAGCUGGCACGGCUGGCUUGACCUCCGCAGACGUCCUGGCGCUUGCGCUGGAGGGCUUCCUCGAAAACCCACCCGAUGUGGUCUCGACAAUGAUGCGAGUCCGCAAUGCACUGGUUGCUCCGCUACGGCUCCGCACCUCGCCGCUCGGCUGCCCGGUCUCGUCGCUUCUCUCGAGAUCCGACACGCUGUUUGCUGGCCGGUUCCCAGUCCAUGACUCGGUGGUGGCAGACGAUGGCAUGUCUGCCGAGGUUCUCCUCGGCGCUGAUGACAAGCAUGUCAGCUUUCGCUCGGUCGUCCGAGUUGAGGCCCUUCCGUCGGCGUCCAACACUUUCCGUCUCAUCCUAGGCAACCGCGUCGAGUGCCUCAAUGUCUUUGGCAAGGCCUACAUGUGGGCUAUCGACGCGAGCCAUCGCAACAUUGUCGCUCCUGGCCUCAUCCGGCACGCCGCUCAAUACGUCAUCGCAGCCACCUCUGCCGCCGACAGGGCCAAAACUCGCGGUCACCCCAACUCGCAAAGGUAG